AUGUCUUUCGGAGAUCAUCUAAUUCUCGUUCAGAAUAUAUUUCUGAUUGUGUUCGUCUUCUGCCCAACAUGGAUCCUAUGUAAAGGAAAAAAGAAGGCGACUGGAGCAAAUACUCCUUCUAAAAGGGGGUCAUCGACUGAGUCUCUCGUAGUCAAAUCUGCGAUUAAGCCUCCAGUCACUGAUCCUUCUCCAAGUAUGUUGGGUGGAGUGAAAGAAGAGCCGAAAAAUGAGGAAACGAAGCCAGCGGAAGGAAAAACGAGCGGAGAGAAUAAGGAUGCAGGUGCUGGAGACAAAGAAGCAAAUGAUGGAUCAAAGGAUGGUCAGAAAGAGGGAGCAGGAUCCGCUGAUGACAAGACAAAGGAGAACAAAGACCGUUCUCUGAAACCGUUCCCUAAGUUUGAGAUGCCAACGGAGAGCAAGAAAAAGAAGAAACAGAAUGACAACGAGAAGGAUAAAAAAGAGAAAAUGAAGACAGGAUUCUAUCAAGAAAAAUCUGAUGAAGAUGACACACUCGAAAAGGUUGAAAGUCUUCAAGUCGAACAAUCCGACAAAACCAAAAGAUCGCAGAAAAAGAAAAAGUGA